AUGGCUCUCUCGCAGAAAAUUGACACGCCCACCUGCUCCUACGAGCAGCCCUUGGGCCUCUUCAUCAACAACGAGUUCGUCAAGAGCGUCGACGGCAAGACCUUCGAGUCCAUCAACCCCCACAACGAGCGGCCCAUCAUCGCCGUCCACGAAGCCUCCGAGAAGGAUGUCGACAUCGCCGUCGCCGCCGCUCGCGCCGCCUUCGAGGGUGCUUGGAAGAAGGUCACCCCCACCGACCGCGGCCGCAUGCUUAUGAAGCUGGCCGACCUGCUCGAAGAGGACUGUGACACCAUUGCCGCCAUUGAGGCCCUCGACAACGGCAAGGCCGUCUCCAUGGCCAAGAUCGACGUCGCCGGUUCCGCUGGCUGCAUCCGCUACUACGGCGGCUGGGCCGACAAGAUCCACGGCCAGGUCGUUGACACCGACCACGAGACCUUCAACUACACGCGCCACGAGCCCGUCGGCGUCUGCGGCCAGAUCAUCCCCUGGAACUUCCCACUCCUCAUGUGGGCCUGGAAGAUCGCCCCCGCCCUCGCCGCCGGUAACACCAUCGUCCUCAAGUCCGCCGAGCAGACCCCCCUGACCGCCCUGUACGUCUGCAACCUGAUCAAGAAGGCCGGUUUCCCCCCCGGUGUCGUCAACAUCAUCUCUGGCUUUGGCCGCGUCGCCGGCGCCGCCCUCGCCGCCCACAUGGAUGUCGACAAGGUCGCCUUCACCGGCUCCACCGCCGUCGGCCGCCAGAUCCUCCAGUCCGCCGCGAAGAGCAACCUGAAGAAGGUCACUCUCGAGCUCGGCGGCAAGUCGCCCAACAUCGUCUUCAACGACGCCGACAUCGACAAUGCCAUCUCAUGGGUCAACUUUGGCAUCUACUUCAACCACGGCCAGUGCUGCUGCGCCGGCAGCCGCAUUCUCGUCCAGGAGGGCAUCUACGACGAGUUCCUGCAGCGAUUCAAGGCCCGCGCCUCCAACAACAAGGUCGGCGACCCCUUCCACCCCGAGACCUUCCAGGGCCCCCAGAUCUCGCAGCUCCAGUUCGACCGCAUCAUGGGCUACAUUGACCAGGGCAAGAAGGCCGGGGCCACCGUGGAGAUCGGUGGCGAGCGCCACGGCUCCGAAGGCUACUACAUCCAGCCCACGAUCUUCAGCAACGUGCACGAGGACAUGAGCAUCGUCAAGGAGGAGAUCUUUGGCCCCGUGUGCUCGAUCCAGAAGUUCAAGACCGAGGAGGAGGCGAUCAAGCUGGCCAACAGCACGAACUACGGUCUGGCGGCCGCCAUUCACACGAAGGACUUGAACACGUCCAUCCGGGUGUCCAAUGAAUUACGCGCAGGCACGGUCUGGGUCAACUGCUACAACCUAAUUUCGUACCAGACGCCGUUUGGCGGAUUCAAGGAGUCGGGCUUGGGCCGCGAGUUGGGCCAAUACGCGCUUGACAACUACACGCAGAUCAAGAGCGUACGGGUGCGGCUGGGCGACGCGAUGUUCGGUUAG